CGUCUCUUGUUCCCCUUGUCAUUUCUUGGGGCUCCUGAGCAGGGGCUAAUCGGUACCCCUCACCCCAGGAUGUGAGACCCUUUAACCUGUAAUGCUGUGGCUGGCUCUUGGCCCCUUCCCUGCUAUGGAGAACCAAGGGCUGGUGAUUCGGAUCAAGAUUCCAAAUAGUGGCGCGGUGGACUGGACCGUGCACUCUGGGCCGCAGUUACUCUUCAGGGAUGUGCUGGAUGUGAUAGGCCAGGUUCUGCCUGAAGCAACGACGACAGCAUUUGAAUACGAAGAUGAAGAUGGUGACAGGAUUACAGUGAGAAGUGAUGAAGAAAUGGAGGCUAUGCUGUCAUACUAUUACUCCACAGUAAUGGAACAGCAAGUAAAUGGCCAGCUAAUAGAGCCACUGCAGAUAUUUCCAAGAGCCUGCAAGCCUCCUGGGGAACGGAACAUACAUGGCCUGAAGGUGAAUACUCGAGCUGGACCAUCUCAGCAUACCAGCCCUGUAGUCUCAGAUUCACUUCCAAGCAAUAGCUUGAAGAAGUCUUCGGCUGAACUGAGAAAGAUACUGGCCAAUGGCCAGAUGAAUGAACAAGACAUACGGUAUCGAGACACCCUUGGUCAUGGCAACGGAGGCACAGUCUACAAAGCAUAUCAUGUCCCAAGUGGGAAAAUUUUAGCUGUAAAGGUUAUUCUGUUAGACAUUACACUGGAGCUUCAGAAGCAGAUCAUGUCUGAGUUGGAAAUUCUUUAUAAGUGUGAUUCAUCGUAUAUCAUAGGAUUUUACGGGGCAUUCUUUGUAGAAAAUAGGAUUUCAAUUUGUACAGAAUUCAUGGAUGGGGGUUCUUUGGAUGUAUAUAGGAAAAUUCCAGAGCAUGUCCUGGGAAGAAUUGCAGUGGCAGUUGUUAAAGGCCUUACCUAUUUGUGGAGUUUAAAGAUUUUACACAGAGAUGUGAAGCCUUCUAACAUGCUUGUAAACACAGGUGGACAAGUCAAGCUCUGUGACUUUGGCGUUAGCACACAGCUGGUGAAUUCUAUAGCCAAGACGUAUGUUGGAACAAAUGCUUAUAUGGCACCAGAAAGAAUUUCAGGAGAGCAGUAUGGCAUCCACUCUGAUGUGUGGAGCUUAGGAAUCUCAUUCAUGGAGCUUGCUCUUGGGAGGUUUCCAUAUCCUCAGAUUCAGAAAAACCAGGGAUCUUUAAUGCCUCUCCAGCUUCUGCAGUGCAUUGUUGAUGAGGAUUCACCAGUCCUUCCGCUUGGAGAGUUCUCGGAGCCAUUCGUACAUUUCAUCACUCAGUGCAUGAGGAAACAGCCCAAAGAAAGACCAGCACCGGAGGAACUGAUGGGCCAUCCGUUCAUCAUGCAGUUCAAUGAUGGAAACUCCACUGUGGUGUCCAUGUGGGUGUGCAGAGCACUAGAGGAGAGGCGGAGCCAGCAGGGCCCCCCAUGAGGCCUCAGCAGGACACUGACUACCCAGGACCAGUCACCAAGGACACAACAAGCCAUGACCCCUCUCCAUCUGCUGCCUGAUUGGGAAGAGCUGCCCUGGGCCCAGCCUCCUGCUUUCACCUCCUACCCUACCUAGGGAGCCCUCGAUCGAGAGAGAGCCUCUGCUGAACCCUGAAUCUGGGGGUUAGAGGGUGGUAAUGAAUGUGGCAGGUGGAGAUGGUACAGAGGGUG